GCAAACGGCGAGAUGAGGAUUCGUAAGAACCAGGACACAAAUGGCAAAACCGGACGAGAGAGAAGAAGAAGAAGAGAUACAAUUGACAUGGGGAACAUGGGAGGAGCUUCUUCUAGCAAGCGCCGUCCACCGUCACGGUAUCAAUUGCUGGGAUUCCGUCGCCUACGAAAUCCGGAAGCGAAUCACCGUCCCCGGCCACCUUCUCACUCCCAUAAACUGCGAACGACGAUACCUUGACCUCAGACGACGUUACACGCCUGGCGAUGAUGAAGAUAGAGCUGACACUGAGAUCCCCUGGCUCGAGGAAUUGCGAAAAUUACGAGUCGCUGAACUGAGGAAAGAAGUCGAACGCUACGACAUCUCGAUCGCGUCUUUGCAGUUGAAAGUGAAAAAAUUGAAAGAAGAACACGAACAGAGUUUGAAGGAGGUUAAUGAAGAUGAACGCAAGUCGGAUCUGGAGAAGAACAAGGAAAUGAGAGGUGACGGAGAUGGAAUUGAUAGAUCGCCAAACGAGAAUCCGUCUGUGGACAAGAUAGACCGAUGCAAUCAAUCUGUAAACGGGUCAAAUUCCACAGAUCAAAGGAUCAUUAAGCGCGAAUCCAGCAAGGGCGUAGAUAAAAUUGAAGAUAAUUCGUGCAACGGAAGCUCAGAUAGCGUUGAGAAGGAACCUGUUAUUGAAUCGACGAAGAUCGAAACGGAAUUACUUGAAUCUGUGGCUGAAUCGAAGGAUGGUGAUGGUGCCGAAGGAGCCGAUGGUGGUAGGGUUGAAGAUUCGACGGAUAACAGCAGCAAUGAUGAACAAAGCUUAGCCGGCGAUGAACCCGAGAAGGAUGAUCAAUCUCCGGUUAUCACCGGCGUCUCCAUAAAAUCCAAGCGAUUAAUCGACUUUCUCGAGAUUAUCCGAUCAAACAAGCUCUUCUCCAUGUUUGAACGUCGGUUAAAGAGUCAGGAAACUCUCCAUUAUAGAAGCUUGAUUAAGCAACAUAUGGAUUUGGAAACAAUCAGAUCCAGACUCAAUGAAGGAUGGUACGCAGACACGAGCAACAAGUUCUUCCGCGAUCUCCUUCUUAUAAUCGGUAAUGCUUUUGUAUUCUUCGGCAAGAAAUCCACAGAAUAUCCCGCUUCCAUUGAGCUUUUAUCUCUAGUCUUAAAAGAGAUGUCAAAGGGACUGUCAUCAGAGGAGCUUGAACAAAAAGAUGCAGUACUGAUUCAGAAACCAAAAUCUCCUACUCCCAUUAUAGUAUGUCGAAAACGCAGCUCAAUCAGUGCAAAACCGUCAACUUCAUCGAAAGACACAACAUCACUCAAGGGCAAACCGAGCAUCAAUCAGAAACAAGCUAAACCCAGUUCUAAGAUUGAAGAAGAACAAACAAAAAAGAAGAUAAAAGACACUAAAUUCAGCCAGAUUGAAGAAGAACAAACAAAAAAGAAGGUAAAAGACAAUAAAUCCAGCCAGCAACGCACGGGUAAGGGAUCAUCUUCACUGGUGAAGCAGCCAAAUCCGACACUUGCCAAAGGAAAUAACACAAACACAAACUUGAAGAAACAAAAUCCUACCAUUUCUGUAAACAGAAGUAAGAGAAACUCGUCCAUAGACGACGGGUUAUCACUUGACAGGCUCAAGAAUCUGUCGUCCAUUUCAGACAAUAGUAAAUCGGGAGGAGGUGACCAGAAAAGGAAUGGUAAAGGCAAUGGAAGUAAAGGGCAAGCUUCUAAGAUUAGUACCAAUUGGGGACAAGUUAAGGAAAAAGAAUGUCUAACGAAACAACAAAAGCCAUUAGCAGCACCUGCAAACCUAUCGAAUUUGUCUGGCAAAAGGGGAAGGGAAGGUGGUGAUAAUCAGGCCGCAGCUUCAAAACAGCCCAAGAAGAGACCAAGAAAGUAAACACAUUCUUCUCCCAAGAAAAAAAGGUACCUAAUUUAUGUACUCAUUUCCUUUAAAGGAAUGAUUCUCUUAGUUCCCUUUUUGAUUUGUGGUUAUAUUGUAUAACAAUUGAGUAAAUGGGAAUUAAGAUACAGAAAGAAACAUCAUGGAUUCUCUUUA